GGUGGCGCCCGUUUGGGUGUGGGUCUGUGUGAGUGUGCCUGUAAGGGGGGGGGGCAGCGGUCCUCCCUCUCAAGUUCCCUCCCUCCGUGCGUCCGCUUCGGAGCCGGAUGUUGACGGAGCUUUGACAGGAGGCGGUGGCGGCGGCUGAGGCAGCAGCGGCGGUGAGCAGUGAGGAUACCACCAUCCUUGCAGCCACCCAGCUUUGAAGCAUCCACCAGAAUCUUCCUCCUGCUGUUUUGUGAAGUGUCUCAUCCAGGCUCUGCAGGGCAAGACCGAGACUGAGCGGCACCAUGGCCAUGGAUCCUCUCUCCGAUCUUCAGGAUGACUUAACCUUUGAUAACACCAACCGGGCCCUGAACCAGCUGAAGCUGGCUUCUAUUGAUGAUAAAAACUGGCCCUCUGAUGAAAUGCCUGACUUCCCCAAAUCCGAUGACUCCAAGAGCAGCUCCCCAGAUCCCGUCACCCACCUGAGAUGGGACGACCCCUACUAUGACAUUGCCCGACACCAGAUUGUGGAGGUGGCAGGAGAUGACAAAUAUGGGCGGAAGAUCAUCGUGUUCAGUGCCUGUAGGAUGCCUCCGAGCCACCAGCUGGACCACGUCAAACUCCUGGAGUACCUAAAGCACACCUUGGAUCAGUAUGUGGAGAGUGACUACACCCUGUUGUACCUACACCACGGCUUGACCAGCGAGAACAAGCCUUCCCUCAGUUGGCUCCGAGAUGCCUACCGGGAGUUUGACCGCAAGUAUAAGAAGAACAUUAAAGCCCUGUACAUUGUGCACCCCACCAUGUUCAUCAAGACGCUGCUGAUCCUCUUCAAACCCCUCAUUAGCUUCAAGUUUGGGAGGAAGAUUUUCUAUGUGAACUACCUGAGUGAGCUGAGUGAGCACGUGAAGCUGGAGCAGCUGGGCAUCCCUCGCCAAGUGCUCAAGUACGAUGACUUCCUCAAAUCCACCCAGAAGACCCCUGCCACGGCCCCCAAGCCCAUGCCCCCUCGGCCUCCACUCCCCAACCAACAGUUCGGGGUCUCGUUGCAGCACCUCCAGGAGAAGAGCAAUGAACCUGAACACCUGCCCCUUGUCCUCAGAGAGACCAUCGCCUACCUGCAAGCCCAUGCUCUUACCACAGAGGGGAUUUUUCGGAGAUCAGCCAACACUCAGGUUGUGCGGGAGGUGCAGCAGAAGUACAACAUGGGGCUGCCGGUAAACUUUGAGCAGUAUGAUGACGUGCACCUCCCAGCGGUCAUCCUGAAGACCUUCCUCCGGGAGCUGCCCGAGCCACUGCUCACCUUUGACCUCUACCCCCACGUUGUGGGCUUCCUCAAUAUCGAAGAGCACCUGAGAGUAGCGGCGACCCUCCAAGUCCUGCAGACCCUGCCUGAGGAAAACUACCAGGUGCUGCGCUUCCUGACAGCCUUCCUGGCCCAGAUCUCCUCCCACAGUGACCAGAACAAGAUGACCAACACCAACCUGGCUGUGGUCUUUGGGCCCAACUUGCUGUGGGCCAAGGAUGCUGCGAUCACUCUCAAAGCCAUCAACCCCAUCAACACCUUCACCAAGUUCCUGCUGGAUCACCAAGCAGAGCUGUUCCCCGAGGCGGGGGGGCCCUGAGCCCCCCUCGUUUCCACCCCCCCUUCUCUGGCAGCCACCGUCCGCGCCCUCGGCCUCGGCCCAGUGGAUUCCCCGUGUAGGAAGACGCUUCGGGCCGGUGAGAGGGGACGGUGCUCAGGAAGGAGACCCCCCCCCCCCCGCCCCCUGGGCUGUGUACCCAUGGCCCGCCGAGGCUCCAGAGGCCUCUCUCUGAAACAUUCCUUCUCUCCGAAGCCUUACCCUCUUACACUGCCUCUCUGGGGCCCAGGAUGCCAGGGUCUUGCUUUCGGGAUGGGAAAAGGGGGCAUCCCUGACAGCCUGUUUUCCCUGUGCUCUCCCUGCCACCCUGGUACCUAUACAGGACUGCCCAGGGGCUGGUGGCUCUGGGGCCGGGUGUCUGACCAGGAUGGUGUCCCUAUUGCCAGAAGAGGUGCCAGGCUAGGCCCUGGGCAUCCUUGGUUUGGAGACCAGUUUCAGUGAUGGUGGCAGUGCCUGGCUGUCCACCCCUUCCCAUUGUCCCCUGGCCAGUAGGAGGACACGGGAUUGCAUGGUGGCAUUGGAGGAGGGGAAACCCCAUCAUGGUCCCAGCUUCUGCUCUGGGGGAACCAGAACCCCCUCCCCCGCUCCAGUCCUAGCGUCUCCUUGAGGUUUGGUCAGUGACAAGUUCGGCCACAUUCCUCAGGUGCCUCUGUCCCCUCCUUCCCAGCCUUAGCCAAGAUUCCUGAACCCUCAGGACGAGUGCGGACUCUGUUGUGUCAAAGCCAGGGUGCGAGUCGCCCUGGGCCUGCCAAGUCAGUCCUGUGGGAGCGGGCGCCAGAGCCAGAGCACUGCUGGUCGCUCUGUGAUCCAGGGGCUCAUGGAAGGUCGGGUUUGAAGGGGCCUCUUGUAGCGUUACUUGAGGAGAGAGGAGGCUUUGGUUGGCCUUUGCACCUGUAGGCCCCCGCGGCUCCUCUGGGCACAUCCCUUAGGAUGUGCCCGUGACGACGCGGUGCAGCCCCGCAGACCCCGGCGGCCUAGAACCAGUGGCCUGCUGUCCUUGGGAACCUUCUCUAAAGACAUUUAAGAAAUGGCCCUUGGGACCUGCCCCUACUCUUGUGUGUCUGGAGCUGAUCUACCCUCUUCCCUAUUCUUCCCUUCUCCCCACAUCCCUGGGUAGGAGCAGGUCUGCCUGAGCUCAGCAGUCCGGUGGCCCGUGCUGACCUCUUGCUUUCUUUUCUGACCUGAUCAAGCCUGCCCUUCCUGCCCACCAGCUCAGGGCGCUGAGGCUGCACCCUGACCCCACUGAGCUCUUUGCUCUUGAGGUGGGGCCCUGCAAGCUGUCACCUGUCCUCACUUUCUGUCCUGACUUGUGUACUGCAUAUUGCCUAAGGCCCCUCUCCCCCUCAACUCCCUUCCUUCUAUGGGCAGGCUUUUUGGAUGUGUCUGGGGCCCCUGCUUCCUGGGAGGCCUUUCCCAGACCUGCUGGUCUGCUUCUGUGGGAGGGCUCGACUGUGAAACACAUUCACAUUCACACUUCUUGACUUACUCUGCACCAAUCGUGUAUUUCACCAUUUGCACUUUUUGUAUUUCAAUAAAAAUGGAGAUUGAAAAAUG